AUGCAGGUUCGUUCCCUGCCUGAGAGUGACCCCGACACAGCAACCCACCAGAACAAUCGAGAUGACCUCUUCCAGGACGUCGACCCCAAGGCCUUGGCUGCCCUCCUCCUGCAAGCUCUUCACCUCCAGCCGGAGAACUCCAAUGAGGGGGGGCCAGGCCUUGGACCGAGCGCCAACGAGGAGACAGUCCGCAGCGAGACUGAGAGCUCGGACCUACGGCCAGAGAGGGAGCAGGGCUGGAAAGGCAGGUCGGAGGAGGAGGAGGAGGGGGGCCUGACCCUGGAAGAGGAGGCUCCUGGUCAGCAAGAGGCCGAGACCCUGAUGUCCAUGCUGCAAGGGCUGCAACGGUACAUCCCCACGGCCAAACAGGAGGAGCACCUGCAGGAGCGCCGAGCAGCCGCCUCUGCCCCCCCUGACGGCACACGGGACGAUGUGCUCAAGGAGCUGGAGGAGUAUGAGCAGCUGAGAGUCCACCCCAAGCGCAAGGCCCCCCCAAGCGAGCCCUGGGAGGGGGCCCGGAAGCUGAGGCAGCAGCAGCACCUGGAGCACCAGCUGUUGCAGAGGCGCUACGAGGAGCUGGCCGAGAGCCGGAAGCAGGCAGAGGAGGCGCGUCGGGCAGCCGCCGAGGAGGAGCGCCUGGCAGACAUGGCCUCCGACCUGCUCCUCCAGUACCUGCUGAAGGAUGGGGAGCAGAGCGCAGAGGAGGGCCGGCCGGGCUCCCAGGGUGGCGGCGGCCGGAAAGGGAGCAGCGCCCUGCUCUUUGAGGAUGAGGAGGGCAACGUGGCAGAAGACAAGCGCUCCAACGAGGCCCCGGAGGAGGAGGAAGAGGAGGAGGACGACGACAUCGACCCCAGCACCAUCGACCGCCUCAUUGAGAUCUCCAGCAAGCUCCACCUGCCUGCCAAUGAUGUCAUAGACAUCAUUAAUGACGUCGAGAAGAAGAAGAAGGAGGAGGCACCAGAGCCCUUCAGCAAGGGCAAGACUCCGGCCACAUUUGCCCCCCAAGAAAAGCCCAAGAAGACCCCUCCCUACCUGCAAGGCCCAAAGGUCAUCCAGAAGUCCUUUUACCCUCCGGCCCGUCAGCCCCCCCGCCGCCUCCCCAAAGAGGACGAGGACGCCUGGAACGAAGUCCUGAGAGGAGAUGAGUAUCCAGCUCCCAAGUGGUUCCACCCCAAGCCAAACAACGUCAUCUCCAACUACAUCAACCCCAGGACUUUCCAGCCACCGGCAUACCACCGCUACGCCAACCUCCCUGGCCCCAUGGUGCCACGGGACGAAUACUACGAUGACAGCCGAGCCCAUGACCAGGAAGAGGAGGAGCUGGAGAACUACAUUGAGAAAGUGCUGAUGAAACGCCCCAAGGGCUUCUAG